AUGGGUCUGUUCCUCAAGCCUGUCCAGGCACAGGGAACAGCAAACCAUCCUGAAGAGUCUGGGCUCCAGGGUGGGUUGCAAGUAGAUCUCAAUAAAUAUAAAGUCCUGGAGGAUGCUCGUGACCUCGAUGCCUACACUUUGGCCAAGUCUUACUUUGAUCUCAAGGAGUAUGACCGGGCUGCCUAUUUCCUGCGGGGCUGCAAGAGUCAGAAAGCUUAUUUCUUGUACAUGUACUCCAGGUACCUGUCAGGGGAAAAGAAGAAGGAUGAUGAGACAGUGGAUAGUUUGGGACCUCUGGAAAAAGGACAGGUGAAGAAUGAAGCCCUACGAGAACUGAGAGUUGAGCUCAGCAAGAAACACAAGGCACGGGAACUGGAUGGAUUUGGCCUUUAUCUGUAUGGUGUCGUGCUGCGGAAGCUGGACCUGGUGAAAGAAGCCAUAGAUGUAUUUGUUGAAGCUACCCAUGUCCUACCUUUGCACUGGGGAGCCUGGCUGGAACUUUGCAACUUGAUUACAGAUAAAGAGAUGUUGAAGUUCCUGUCCUUGCCAGAUACAUGGAUGAAAGAGUUCUUUCUUGCACACAUUUAUACAGAGCUGCAGCUGAUAGAAGAGGCUCUGCAGAAGUAUCAGAGUCUCAUUGAUGCAGGAUUUUCCAAAAGCACAUACAUCAUCUCUCAGAUUGCAGUUGCCUACCACAAUAUCCGAGAUAUUGACAAAGCUUUAUCCAUCUUUAACGAGCUAAGGAAACAAGAUCCUUACAGGAUAGAAAACAUGGACACUUUCUCCAACUUGCUAUAUGUAAGGAGCAUGAAGCCUGAGUUGAGCUACCUGGCCCACAACCUCUGCGAGAUAGACAAGUACCGUGUGGAGACCUGCUGUGUCAUUGGGAAUUAUUACAGCUUGCGUUCCCAGCACGAAAAAGCAGCGCUCUAUUUCCAGAGGGCCUUGAAACUGAAUCCUCGCUAUCUGGGAGCCUGGACACUCAUGGGACAUGAAUAUAUGGAAAUGAAGAACACAUCUGCAGCUAUCCAGGCUUACAGACAUGCAAUAGAGGUGAACAAAAGGGACUACAGAGCAUGGUAUGGCUUGGGCCAGACCUAUGAAAUCCUCAAAAUGCCAUUUUACUGUCUCUAUUACUACCGCCGGGCCCACCAGCUCAGACCAAACGAUUCUCGAAUGCUGGUGGCUCUAGGAGAAUGCUAUGAGAAACUCAAUCAGUUGGUGGAAGCUAAAAAGUGCUAUUGGAGAGCUUAUGCUGUGGGAGAUGUGGAGAAAAUGGCAUUGGUGAAACUAGCAAAGCUGCACGAACAGCUGAAUGAGUCUGAACAGGCAGCUCAGUGCUAUAUCAAGUACAUCCAGGAUAUUUAUUCCUGUGGGGAGAUAGUAGAGCACCUGGAGGUCAGCACUGCCUUCCGUUAUCUGGCCCAGUACUACUUCAAGUGCAAGCUGUGGGACGAAGCCUCGGCCUGUGCCCAGAAGUGCUGUGCCUUCAAUGAUACUAGAGAAGAAGGAAAGGCCCUGCUGCGCCAGAUCCUGCAGCUUCGCAACCAAGGAGAAACAUCAUCCACAGAUAUUGCUGCUCCCUUUUUCCUCCCGGCAUCAUUGUCAGCCAACAACACUCCCACACGUCGUGUCUCCCCACUCAACCUGUCUUCUGUAACACCAUGAACAAUGCUGAUACCUCUAACCUGUGCACUGAGUGUGACAUAGCAGAUGGGGCUUGCCAUCGCUUCUUUCCAGUGACAUUCAUUGCUGCCUUCACGUGAGGGGCAGGAGAUCCUAGAGCCCACAGCUGAAGGCAGAUGUGCUCCAGCAGGCAAAGGUGCAACCUACAUGAAAUUGUCUGUGCUGAGAUGUGAGAACCUGCUGUACUUCUCAGCAAGUCAUUCCAGUCAGAGGGCAGAUGUGUUCCAGAACACAGGACUACUGCUAACUGGGGGACUGGGAAGAGCUU